CCGUACAAUUUACACACGAUAUUUCAUCCUCUUCGACUCCGACAAUGAAUCGCCGAACAAAAGCUCCCUCGCUAGUGCCGGACAUCAUCGAAAUUAUACUCCAAUUUCUGUUGACGGACGAGCCAAAAGAUACAAGAGACCACGGUCAACGUCGAAAGGGUCUCCGGCAGCGAAUGUGCAGCUAUUCUCUCAUCGCCAAGGAAUGGCGCCUACCCGUCCAACGCAUCCUCUUCGCCGAAGUCGACAUAUGGACACACCACAAAUUGAAAAAGAUGGCUCUUAUACUACCAGCGAACCGAAUAGAAUCCUAGCAGAGGACAUUCCAUCUGUCAUGCGUCAGUUCCCCUCUCUCUAUGAACUCAGGUUGGAUACGAAAACUCUCGAGUUUUUCAGUUCUGAAACAAUGCGCGAUUUCCAAAAGACCCCCAGUAUACAGACUCUCAUGUUGACGCGAUCCGCUCAUAAAGAGACAUCUGGCCGGGAAAUUCAGAGCGCAACGACUAUAGGGUUUGAUUUGCAGCUACUGUGUAAAAAGAGGUUAGAUUCCAUGGAACGGUCCAGUGGAAUAGAGAACUCGACUAUAUAUCAAAGGGGAUUGGCUGGUAUCUUCAAAAUUCGAUGGAAACAAUUCAAGUCUUCUCGACUACAUGCCUUGGAUACGACAUUUCUAGGCUUCAGUCAGGGAUUAAUAACCGAAUUCAAUCUGUGGAAACUUUAUACGUUGACACUAACUGAGUUGAUCCCAACAAAAGCUCUUUCGUAUAUGGACAAUAUUCAACACCUUGGAUUUCAAUUUACGACAAUUUAUGCAGGGAACUGGCCCUUUAGAAUAGAUAUCAUGCAAACACCAAUCACUAGCAUCACACCUACCCCGCCGCCGGUUUUUCCAGUCAAUCUCAGGAGGAUAUCGAUUAUAGGAUACUCGGGCACGGCUGGGAGGAUUCAGUCCGAACAGGCAUGUAUUCAACGGCAAGUUAGCAACGACAUUGAGGUUCGUCUUUAUCGCGACCUCAAAGAGUAUAAAGAUGGAGUGCUCAUACCACGUGAUUAUGAAACAUCUUCAUCUCCUAAAACUGCCGACUACUCUACGAUGACAAAGCUCGUCAAUCAAGCUAAUGAACGCUUUAGCCGGCACUCAACUGCUAUCAGGACUUUGAAAGCUAAGUCACAGCCACCAGCCAAUUCCCUUUGA